CUUUCACUUGGUCGAGUUGGAUGUUCUAUACCUCAAGAGCAAACCUUCCAGAUAAGUGAUUAUUUAUACACAGUCUAAGUGUUCUUUCAUUCUCAUGGUGACAGUAUUUGCUCGGGGAGAGAUAGUCCGUUUUGACUUCUGGUGCACUUUCGUUAGAACAAGAGGGGAGAUGUGCAGCACUCCGAUAGUAGUUUCACGAAUUCCUGAAGUUACCAACAAGGCUCAUGUCAUCUUCUUGAUGGUGAUGUUCCUUUAAUUUGAUGUUCUCUGUCUUUCAAAAAGUUAUAUUCGGGAAAUUUGAUCUAGACCCUCAACAUUUUGACGUUGCUCAGCUUUAAGAUAACGUGUGUGUGAAGGCUACAGAUGGAAUACCUGUUGAAGUUCAGAAUGGGAAAUGUCGGAUGGUGUCUUGUCACAUUGUGGAGUUAAAAAAGGUUGCUGUGAGUCUAUAUAAGGAAAAAAACUACAUCUACUUAUUGCUUAGGGAAGUACAUUGCAGACUGUGCAAUCUAUUGCUUAUUCCUCAAUAGCCUGAAACAUUUAUUGAGAUAAGCAUGGAAUCUCCAACGAGAACAAAGAAAUUCAUGAAAAGAGACAAUGGAAAUUCGCGUCCUCAAUCUCGGCGGAAAACACCUUCUCUUUCCCCUGUUCAUGAAGACGUUGCCUCUCCGAAGGGCAUUCGCUCUCGAAGUCCAAAAACUGAAAGUGCAAAUGCCUCCCGAGGGAAAAAUGGUAAUAUGGUGUCACGAUAUGGCGUUAAUACGCCAGGUCGUCACCUUCGGAGGAGAGAACGCUAUAUCAAGCGGUCUUACACUCAAGACAGUUUUUUUCUGCUGACGCCCUCCACCAAGCCAGUCAGGGCCGAGCCAGUCAAAGUCCAGCCUAUCAAGACUGUCAGCCGAGCUGGUCGAAAGACGCCAAGUAAUUUACAAAAUGAUUAUCUCGGGGAGAGCAGCGCAGAUGAGUCGGACGAUAAUAGAAAAGACACAGCAACAGAUUUCUUUGAUUAUGGUGUUGACAUCUCGACAGAUGAUAAAGCUUGGGAUACAGACUUGGAAGCGGAAGACACAAAAGAAGCAUAUGACCACACCGGGAAGACGACUUACAUUGAAGCAUGUAAAAAGAUUGGAGUCAUACCAGUAUCUUAUUUUCUCAGGAACAUGCACAAUCCAAAACUUAUAAUGAAACAUCACGGCCUUGGUCCACAAGGGGUUAAACCAAUAUGCAUUUCAAUGGUGAGCAAUACGCAUGUGGUCAAAUUAAGUUUAGCAGACAACUGGCUCGGUCCACAAGGAGGUCAACAUGUUAGUGAGAUGCUCAAAGAAAACUGCUUUAUUCAAGAAAUGGAUUUAUCUGACAACAGGGUAGGCCAGCUGUUUGCCGAAACGCUCGUGGAUUUGUUGUCGGUCAACAUCACGAUGACAAAGUUAGUCUUAUCUGGUAAUGAAUUAGAUGAUAAGGCAGCCAUAUACCUUGCAGAGGCGAUUAUGGUAACGAACCGCCUUGAAGAUCUCGUGAUCAGCCAUAACAAAUUUGGAGAAAAAGCUGGCAUUGUGCUUGGGCCAGCCAUAGCAGAAAACAUGACCAUCAAAAGUUUAGAUCUCAGCUGGAAUCACAUACGACGGAAAGGAGCUGUGGCUAUUGCUCAGGGAAUUAAGCACAAUAUGUUUUUGAAGACGGUAAAUUUGUCUUGGAAUGGUUUUGGAUUAGAUGGUGCUAUAGCUAUUGGAGAUGCUCUGAAGGCCAACAGUGUCUUAGAUGAGCUCGACAUCAGCAACAAUCGUAUAACUGCUGAAGGUGCUGUGAUAAUAGGAAAAGGGCUAGCAGUGAAUGAAAAUCUCAAGGUUCUAAAGAUGGGCAAGAAUCCUAUGCAGACAGCGGGGUGUUAUGGCAUCCUUGCAGCGCUUCUGAAAAAUCCGAACAGUGUGAUGAAACGCCUGGACUUCUCUGAUAUCCUGGUCAACAAAGAUUUUAGAGAAAUGGCCCAACAAGUGAAAGAGCAACUUCCGGACUUAAACAUCCACACAGGUGGCGACAGCCUGCCCACGCGACCGAAAGCACGAAUCCAUCCCAUGCUCAAACUGAGAAACUACAUCGCGAAGCACGACCUGAAACUCAUCGACGUGUUCAAUAAGUGGGAUACGGAUAAGAGCAUGAGUGUGACAUACGAGGAGUUUGUCGCGGGCGUGGAGGAGCUAGGUUUGAAGUUAGAAGAGGAGGAAAUAAAUACAUUGAUACAUGAGUUAGACAAAGAUGGUGACGGAGAAAUAAACUACAGUGAGUUGGUCGCCGGAGAAACUGACUUUACUGAAAAGGAAAGGAAGAUGAAGAGUAUUAUAUCUGGCUUCAAACUUGCUGUUAUAGAAGCUAAAGCUUGAAGGGACGUCUGCGGUGGAUCAAUCCAGAUGGGGAAUAUAUAGAAUAUUACUCUAUAAAGUACAAUUGUGUUGUAUUUUAAAAUGAAACUAUGUGUCCUCAAGCUACUCAGCUGCUGUGAGAGAACUUUCUUUGAGUGACAUCAAUAUUGUUACAAUUUCAUGACUAUGUGCUAAUUAGAUGUUCUGUAUCUCUCUUUUUAGAAGAUUUUUUGAGAAGAAGAAUGCUGAGUUAUCUCUCAGUUAGAGCAUCUCGGGUAUGGUUUAUGUCAACAAGGCUCUAAAUUAGCGAUUUAAACUUCAAAAAGUCCUAAGUUCGGGCCUUGAUUUCUGCAGAGUUUGUCUCUUUUGCAUGCAGAGCUGUCUCCUCUUUCCAUUUGUGCAUUUCCACUCCCAAAAUUUCAACCCAUGAUAGGCAUGAAAGAACUGUUUCAUUCCAAAGGAAAGACUAUGUGCACCCAUUUAAAACAUUAUUGAUGUCUGAGAGGUAAAAUGCAUCUGAACAUUCAACUGUUGUUGGAAAGUAAAUUGUGACUGAGAAAAUUUCAUUGAAAUACAUGUAUAAACAAAUAUACGAUAGAUUUCUAAAAGUUAGCCAAACAACUUUUAUGUAACCACCUUGUCCUUCAUCAUGUGUUGAGACAACUCAAAGUAAUAUCAACUUUGAAUAAACAUGACCAUUUGUUUGUUGCUCGAAAACCAGUCUGUCCAUGUGCUGUCCUAGAGGCCUCUCAAUAGUUAUGCAAAACAUGCUUUUCGUCUUGCUUCGAAACUCUCUGCACGUUUGCAUAUGAAAUGAAUUCACAAUCUGUCCUUACAAAAUGUAGAUUCAGAAGACUUUUUCUGUGUGUUUAGCGAUAGCAAAUACCUACAGUGACACCAGAUUGUACUAUCAUUGCACUCUCCAAGUCUGCAUGUAGACUUUUGUACAAUACAGAGGUUGCGCAAUGUCCCGACUCCCCUUCCGUGUUUGACAUCAGCUGUUGAAAUGAGUUUUUCCAUUCCCAUAGGUGAACUCGGUCAUGGAAACGUUUUGACAGCCUUGAAGUCGUUGGCAGUGAGACACUUUUUCCAGAGCAUGCCUUCUUGGUGAUGGGGAUCUUUGCAUGGCAUGACAUUGAAAACAGAGAGGGGCCAGCUCAGUCCAGAUGGUCUUCUUAGCAUGAUGGAAAGAUAGAGAGUUGUACAUAGAUUAUGUUAUUAUUUAUUGUACAUUAUGUAAAGAAUAUGAGUAAAACAUUUGUACCAGUUUGCCUAGACUAGACACUAGUCAACAGUUGAUAAUAAAAGACACAUGA